AUGGCCAUACCACCGGUUCUCGCAUUGCCGCACGCUUCGUCUCUGAGGAAUGAUCUGAAUAAGCUGCGAACUUUGCAGUUUUCCAAUGCAGAAGUCUCGUUGGACGGCAACAAUCUCGACGUUGCUACUGUCGUCGCUGUUGCUCGACAUGGACUUACGCCUCACGUCAAGGACGACCCGGAGAUCAAGAGGAAGGUUCUUCAGAGUACUCAAGUCCUCGACCGCUAUGUUGAGAACGGUUGGGUGGUGUACGGCGUCAAUACGGGCUUUGGCGGCAGUGCAGACUCACGAACGGAGCAACUCAAGAGGCUCCAAAUCUCUUUGCUUCAACACACGCAAAGCGCCAUCAUCGCCUCUACAGACUUGACACAGGGCCAGGUCGACCAAGAUGGACAGUCGCACGUCAUUCCCUCGGCUUGGGUCAAAGCUGCCAUGGUCGUCAGAGCCAACCAAAACCUUCGGGGCCACAGUGCCGUCAGGAUUGAAGUCAUCCAACUUUUACUCACUCUCCUCCGCCACGACAUCGCACCGAUGGUGCCGCUACGAGGAACCAUAUCGGCUUCAGGAGACUUGAUGCCGCUGUCUUACAUUGCGGGGAUUUUGAUUGGGGACCCCGGCGUUUUGGUCGCCGUCGGGUCAGGCUGCAACAGGAAAGUCAUGUCGGCGUGCGAGGCCUUGAAGAGAUGCGAUAUCCAGCCUGUCGAACUGCAGCCGAAGGAGGGUCUCGGCCUGAUCAACGGAACUGCUCCUUCUGCCGCUUUGGCUAGCUUGGUUAUCCACGACGCGAAUCAACUCGCGGUGCUCGCUCAGGCCUUAACGGCAUUUACUGCCGAGUGUCUCAUUGGAAAUGUUGAGUGGGCAAACGAGUUCAUACACAAGAUUCGGCCCCAUGUUGGGCAAGUAGAGGCAGCACGCAAUAUCCGAAGCUUCCUCAAGUCGUCCGACUUCGUGCUUGGCCUCGAGACCAAGAGGAGAACGGGACAUGGUCUAUGGCAGGAUAGAUAUUCCACAAGAACGGCACCGCAGUGGAUCGGGCCCUAUCUCGAGGAUCUCAUGCUUGCACAACAUCAAAUCGAGGUAGAGCUCAACUCGACAUCCGAUAAUCCAGUGAUCGACGUCGGCACAGGUGGUGACAGUACUGCUGGAGAUAUUUACUCCGGAGGCAACUUCCAGGCAACAGCUAUUACUUCAGCCAUGGAAAAAACGAGAACGGCUCUCCAGAUGAUUGGUCGUAUGCUCUUUUCUCAGUGCUCCGAGUUGAUCAAUCCUGCGACGAACAACGGACUCGACUCCAACCUGGUCUUCGGAGACCCUGGCGAGUCCUACACCAUGAAGGGUAUCGACGUCAACAUGAGUGCUUACAUGGCAGAAUUGGCCGCCCUUGCCCAUCCUGUCUCCUCCCACGUACAAUCGGCUGAGAUGCACAAUCAAGGCAUCAACUCCCUCGCUUUCCUCUCCGGCCGAAGAACCAUGGAAGCCGUCGACGUUCUUUCGCACAUGUGUGCUGCUCACCUGCUUGUUUGUUGCCAGGCGGCCGACUUGAGGGACUACUACGAAAGAUUUUUAAGCUCGAUUUCUGUCAUCAAAAUCUUCAACGAAACCGAUAUGGGACUUGACAGUGCCCAGUUGGAAAAGUUGACGAUUGGCCUAGACGAAUCGAUCCGAGCCUGGUGGAACGAGGCAAACAAGCUUGGCCAUGCACAGCGGUGCUCCAUCGUUGCUUCCAAAGUUACAACUCACGUCAUGGACUUCGUCAUGAAAGAAGAGAUCGGAGGUGUGUCCUUGAAAGCUGUUAUGGGUGUUCAAGACGAGUUUUGCCAUAGCAUGGAGGUGUGGUUCAAGGACAUCACCAACAACCCCAAGAUCAUCCACUCAAACUCGACAGCCACUCACGUUGCGUACCUCGAGGGGCUGGGACAAGGCUCUUCACUACUUUUCGAUCUUGUCCGAGGUAAGCUGGGCAUUACGUUCCACCAGGGGCUUAGGCAAGAGCAGAUGAGUACCAUUGGUAACAGCGUGUCCCGUAUUUAUGAAGCGAUCCGAGAGGGCGUUGUCGUUCCGGCACUGAUGCCGUGUCUCGAGGGCGGUGAAGACAAGUCUUUAGAAACGGGAACGGGAACUCCAGCAAGCAGUGACGCAAGUGUCGGCUCGGCCGGUGUUCCAGGAAGAAUGUAG